GCGCCGCCGGCAUUUUAGCAGCCGCUGCUUUCAAGUCGACGCCAACGCGCAGCGCGAGCUCGUACACUUUUGUUUGUUGAUGCUGUGUGCAUGUAGACGCGUUUGUGAUUCGGACCGCUUUUAUUUUUUUUUUCAUAUACACGAAGGAUUCUUCCGUCUACCCAUGCAGCCAUUAUUCGCCUGCUGGAAGUGAGUGUUAAGUUCUACUUAACACACGCGGUGGCCCCUUUAUUUCUUUCGUGUUUUCGGCGGUGUGUCGAAGAAGAUGAGACCAUGGCCAAAGCGGGAGACACCGGCAGAACCAUCCCAGUGGUGCUGCUGUGCUUGGGCGCGCUGCUCUGCGGUAACCUCAUUUUGUACCUCUACGUGGAGACGCUAUACAAGUCAUCCGGCCCGCUGGAGUACCUAGACGACGAGCCCGUCUGCCCCCGCGCGCACUUCAGUCUGAAAGCCACGAGGAAUUGCACCCCCUGGCUGUCGUGCGAGGCCGUGCGCCGAGAAGUGAGGCCGCUGCGUCUCACCGGACAAGGAGCAGUCAAGCAGGUCUUCCUCUCGGAAUGGAAAGGCAACAAAGUGGCUCUUUCCAGGCUGUCUUCUGAAGAGUUUCUAGAUGAUUUUCUGCACGGCUUGGACAUGUUGAAAUCUUUGCAGAGCAAGUAUGUUGUCACUCUCAUUGGCUUGUGUAUGGAAGACCACACAAUUGUCACCGAAUACCAUCCUUUGGGAUCUCUUGCCAAUAUUAAUGUUGUUUUCAGUUUUGAGAAAUACAAAAAUUUGAACACUUGGCACAAUCGAUUCCGACUAGCAAUGGAGUAUGUGUUUAUCAUCAACUUUUUGCACAACAGCCCAGCAGGCACAAGGGUUAUGUGUGAUUCUAGUGAUCUUAACAAGACUUUGUCCCAGUAUUUACUGACCAAUGACCUCCAUCUUGUGGCAAAUGAUUUGGAUGCACUUCCUCUUGUUGACAAGAAUGCUAACGAUGGAGUUAAAUGUGGCCAUCGAGAACUAUUCGGAAAUUUUGUGGCACCUGAACAGCUGUGGCCUUAUGGUCAGGAUGUGCAGUUUACUGACAAAAGGAUGCCGUCCUAUGAUGAAAAAACAGAUAUUUGGAAAAUCCCAGAUGUGACUGACUUUCUACUAGGGCAGGUAGAAGGGAGUGACGUUGUCCGUUUUCAUCUUUUUGACACCCAUAAAUCCUGUAAGCAACAAGAUCCAACAGCAAGGCCUUCAAGUCGGACUGUUUUAGAAGCAUACAAAUCUGCAUAUGUGACUUUGAUUAAAGGGAACAUGGCACAUGCGGCUAGAGACAUGUUGUGAUGCUUUUUUCCUCUCUUCUUGCUUGGACUUUGUGUAAGGAAGGUAAAUGUUUGGAUUAAAACAAAUAUGAAAGCUGACCCAAUGUUUUAUCCAUCGAUUACU